AUGGUUUAUCAAAAAAAACGGCUCUCUGAGGGUCUUUCGGUGACCCAAAAGAUGUUUGUAAGGUCCCGCAAUGGAGGUGCUACCAAGAUCAUCCGGGAACAUUACCUGAGAAGUGACAUACCGUGCUUGUCGAAGGCAUGCACAGAAUGCGUCAAGAUUGUGACCCCGAAUGCGAACAAAGAAUUACCCAAUUUCGUGCUUUCUGCGAAUCCUAUGAAGUUAGAAGGCGUUGGAAAACACUACGUUGUGCUCGAUGCCAACAUCAUUCUGCAGGCCAUUGAUCUUCUCGAGGGUCCCGCGUGCUUUUCAGAUGUGAUUGUGCCGCAAAUCGUGCUGGAUGAAGUCAGAAACAGAUCCUAUCCGGUCUACACCAGGAUGCGUACGCUGUGCAGAGACAGCGAUGACGUUAAGAGAUUCAUAAUCUUCCACAAUGAGUUUUUCGAGCCAACUUAUGUUGAGCGGAAAGAGGGCGAAAGCAUCAAUGACAGAAAUGACCGUGCCGUCAGGAAAACUUGCCAAUGGUAUUCGGAACAUCUCCAGAACUACGGCAUCAAGGUUGUACUGGUCACCAAUGAUCGCGCAAACAGAGAGCUCGCGUCCAAAGAGGGUGUCAUCGCUAAGAGUUUAUACGAAUACGUGGACGCUUUGCCUAACGGCGAUGAAAUCAAGGACAAUUUACCUAACCUCGAAGCGCCAGCCGCAAAUGGCAACUCUCAAGAGGCAAAGUCCGAGUUCAAGUUCCCUUCAUAUUACUCGACGUCUCGAAUCAUGGGAGGAUUGAGAAGUGGUGUUCUUUACCAAGGAUCGAUCCAAAUCUCUGAAUACAAUUUCUUGGAAGGGUCAAUUUCUCUAUCAAAUUUUUCUAAACCUGUUAUUAUUGUUGGGCAACAGAACCUAAACAGAGCUUUUAACGGCGAUCAAGUGGUUGUUGAGUUGCUUCCAGAUUCAGAAUGGAGGGCUCCCUCUACGGUUGCGCUGGACUCUGAACACUUUGACGUCAACGAUAACGCCGAUGACGUAGAAGAUACCGAAACACCAGUUUUCUCCGACAAAGAGAGGAGACUUUUAGCCCAAAGUGCCAUACAAGCCCAGAAAGCAAGUCGCGUGCAACCAACUGCUCGCGUUGUUGGUAUAGUCCGGAGGUCUUGGAGACAAUAUGUGGGUCAAAUUACGCCUAACUCUUUCGACAUGAAAAAUGGGGGGACGCAGAACGUUUUUGUUAUCCUAAUGGACAGGUGCUUACCAAAAAUUAGAAUGAGGACGCGCAGAGCCAAUGAAUUGGUCGACAAGCGGAUUGUUGUCGCCAUCGAUUCCUGGCCCGAAAAUUACAAGUACCCAUUGGGUCAUUUUGUCAGAGAUCUUGGAAAAAUUGAGUCGGUGCAAGCAGAAACGGAAGCCCUUCUUCUAGAACAUGAUGUCGAAUAUCGUCCUUUUUCAAAGAAGGUGUUGGAGUGCCUGCCAUCUGAGGGAAAUGACUGGAAAGCCCCAGAGAAUCUGAGCGAUCCCGAGAGUCUGGCAAAAGAUAAUCUCUUAAGCAAGAGAAGAGAUUUGAGAGACAAACUCAUCUGCAGCAUUGACCCACCAGGCUGUGUUGAUAUCGAUGAUGCUCUCCAUGCCAAAAAGCUUCCAAAUGGCAACUGGGAAGUUGGUGUUCAUAUCGCUGACGUUACCCAUUUCGUCAAGGCUGGAACUGCUUUAGACGCCGAAGGAGCUUCGAGGGGAACAUCCGUAUACUUGGUUGACAAGCGUAUAGAUAUGUUGCCCAUGCUUCUCGGCACAAACCUUUGCUCCUUAAAGCCUUAUGUUGAUCGCUUUGCAUUUUCAGUUUUAUGGGAAUUGAAUGACAAUGCAGACAUUGUUAAUGUUGAUUUUGCGAAGUCGGUCAUUAAAUCUAGGGAAGCAUUCUCCUAUGAGCAAGCUCAGCUAAGAAUUGACGACUCCAACCAAUCUGAUGAACUUACGCAGGGAAUGCGGGCUUUGCUUCAUUUAUCUAUAAAGCUGAAACAAAAGAGACUAGAUGCCGGUGCUCUGAAUCUGGCAUCUCCAGAAGUGAAAGUCCAUAUGGACAGUGAAACUUCUGAUCCUGGUGAAGUGGAAAUAAAGGAAUUGCUCGCAACCAAUUCUUUAGUCGAGGAGUUUAUGCUUUUAGCAAACAUUUCCGUUGCUCGUAAAAUCUAUGAAGCCUUUCCACAAACUGCCAUGCUGAGAAGACAUGCAGCGCCACCAGCUACCAACUUUGAGACUUUAAAUGAGAUGUUGCAGCUGCGUAAGCAUAUGUCCAUAUCGUUAGAAUCGUCAAAGGCUUUGGCAGAUUCUUUGGACCGCUGCAAAGACCCUGAAGAUCCUUAUUUUAACACACUUGUAAGGAUCAUGUCCACGAGGUGCAUGAUGGCCGCGCAGUAUUUCUACGCAGGUGCCUACUCUUAUAGUGAUUUCCGGCAUUAUGGCUUGGCGGUCGAUAUUUACACCCAUUUCACCUCGCCAAUCAGACGCUACUGUGACGUUGUUGCACAUAGGCAGCUAGCUGCAGCCAUAGGCUAUGAACCUUUGGAUUUGGGCCAUCGCGACAAAAAUAAAAUGGACAUGGUAUGCCGGAAUAUCAACAAGAGACAUAGAAAUGCCCAGUUUGCCGGACGUGCAAGUAUAGAAUAUUAUGUGGGACAAGUUAUGAGAAACAAUGAAAGUGAAGAGACUGGGUACGUCAUUAGAGUUUUCCACAACGGUAUAGUCGUAUUGGUUCCUAAGUUUGGUGUUGAGGGUUUGAUACGACUCGAGAAUCUGACUGACGAUGUCCAGUCAGCAAAAUUCUUUGAAGACCAAUUCAGGCUUUCAUUUACAAGCAGCAUUGCUAAAAAAGUUCAGGACAUCUACAUUUUUGACAAAGUUAAUGUUCAAGUUAAAUCGGUCUUAGAUCCGGUCACUAGUAAGCGUAAAGCACAACUGUUGCUCAAGUGA